GUGUUUGGGCGGGAGCGGGGCGGGGUGGGAGAGGUGGUGCGUGCGCGGGGCAUGCUGGGAGUGGUUGUGUACCGCCGCCAACAGCAGGUGAAGCCUAGCAGAGGACGCGUCCAGCCGAUCCGGUGAAGGAAUUCCUGCAGGCGUUGGUACCCCCCUUUGCCCUGGAUUUGAAUUUGUUGAAAUGAGCAGUCGUAAAUCAAAGAGUAACAGCUUAAUUCACGCAGAGUGCCUUUCACAGGUACAAAGAAUUUUACGUGAAAGAUUUUGUCAUCAGAGUCCACAUAGUAACCUAUUUGGAGUGCAAGUACAAUACAAACACUUAAGUGAGCUGCUAAAAAGGACCGCUCUCCAUGGAGAGAGUAACUCUGUCCUCAUUAUCGGACCCCGAGGAUCAGGAAAAACUAUGUUAAUAAAUCAUGCUUUGAAAGAACUCAUGGAAAUAGAAGAAGUGAGUGAAAAUGUAUUACAAGUUCACUUAAAUGGACUGCUGCAGAUCAAUGACAAAAUCGCCCUAAAGGAAAUCACGAGGCAGUUAAAUCUGGAAAAUGUAGUUGGAGAUAAAGUUUUUGGAAGCUUUGCUGAAAACCUUUCAUUUCUUCUGGAAGCUUUAAAAAAAGGUGACCGAACUAGCAGUUGCCCAGUGAUCUUCAUAUUAGAUGAAUUUGAUCUUUUUGCUCAUCAUAAAAACCAAACACUUCUCUAUAAUCUUUUUGACAUUUCUCAGUCUGCACAGACCCCAAUAGCAGUUAUUGGCCUUACAUGUAGAUUGGAUAUUUUGGAACUCUUAGAAAAAAGAGUGAAGUCAAGAUUUUCUCACCGGCAGAUACACUUAAUGAAUUCAUUUGGUUUUCCACAGUAUGUUAAAAUAUUUAAAGAACAGCUAUCUCUACCUGCAGAAUUUCCAGACAAGCUUUUUGCUGAGAAGUGGAAUGAAAAUGUUCAGGUAACUUAAAGGCAAUAAAACUAAAUGUUCCUUGCUAUAUGAUUUAAAGCAAUUAAAACACAAAUUUUAGAAAUUAGUAAAUUAACACAAAGUUUCUAAUAUUGCUGAGGGAUAAAGCUACAGGAAUACAAAUUAUAUGCUUUUUUAAAAUUUUCUUGUAACAGUUGAAAUGUCGUAUCUGCUAAGUUCUAUCUCAAAAGAACAUUACAGUUAAGCUUUAGGAUUUAUGUUAUUAGUUUGAAGUAAACUUUAAUGAGGCUUUAGUUUUAUCUAUAUGUGGUUUAUAUUUCAGAUAAUUUUAUUAGUGAAUUUGCAUAAUUUACUUUUAUAUUUUACAUAUUUAGCAAUAAUAAUAAAUAGUAAAUAAUGAUAAAUAAAUGUUAGUGAUUCAUA